AGAGCACUUUAGUUUUCCAUCAGCGUGAGUCGGAAGAAGCGCAACCCCACUGAGGAACUCCAGGAAGACUUCACGCAUAAAAGCUUCGGGAUUUACGCACACAAGCCUCGCACCAGCUCGUUUCGCACACAUACAUUAUGGGACGUACAACUAGUUGACACUUGGAUAGAGCGCGCGCAAAGCAUGGCUUGGAUACGCUCAUGUUUUUUCCUCUCUUGUGUUGGUCAGGUGUUGGCAAAUCCGCCAACCGAGACGAGGAUAUAUUUGGAUAACAUUACGCGCGUUUUGGAUAGAUUAUUAGAUGGAUAUGACAACAGACUGCGACCUGGAUUUGGAGGACCUGUCACAGAGGUUAAAACGGACAUCUUUGUCACCAGCUUUGGUCCUGUUUCUGAUGUGGAAAUGGAAUACACAAUGGAUGUGUUUUUUCGGCAAACGUGGAUAGACGACCGGCUGAAAUUUGAGGGCCCCAUUGAGAUCCUGCGACUCAACAACCUAAUGGUCAGCAAGAUCUGGACACCGGACACUUUCUUCCGAAAUGGCAAACGUUCUAUUUCGCACAACAUGACCACCCCCAACAAGCUGUUCCGCAUCAUGCAGAACGGAACUAUUCUGUACACCAUGAGGUUAACCAUCAAUGCUGAGUGUCCCAUGCGGCUGAUCAAUUUUCCAAUGGAUGGACAUUCAUGUCCUUUGAAAUUUGGCAGCUAUGCCUACCCAAUAAGUGAGAUUGUUUACACGUGGAAGAAAGGGCCAUUAUUUUCAGUGGAGGUUCCUCAGGAGAGUUCCAGCCUGCUUCAGUAUGAUCUCAUUGGACAGACGGUGUCUAGUGAGAGGCUGAAGUCAAACACAGGUGAAUACAUAGUCAUGACGGUGUACUUCCACCUGCAGAGGAAAAUGGGUUUCUUCUUGAUCCAGACAUACAUCCCGUGCAUUAUGACUGUGAUCCUGGCACAGGUCUCCUUCUGGAUCGACAAAGAGUCAGUACCGGCCAGAACUGUGUUUGGCAUCACCACAGUACUAACCAUGACCACACUGAGCAUCAGCGCUCGUCACUCAUUCCCCAAGGUCUCCUAUGCCACCGCCAUGGACUGGUUCAUCGCUGUCUGCUUCGCGUUCGUCUUCUCAGCCCUUAUCGAGUUUGCUGCUGUCAACUAUUUCUCCACCUUGCAGGCCAAUAAGGAGCUUCGGCGGGUCAACAGGGCCUGUGCCGCGGUCAGAAGUGAUGGAGAACUUGCUACGAAUCCUCUGGACCCUGGAGGUGUGUUGAAGAAAAGGCUGAACUCCCUCUCUCAAAGAGAUGCUCCUGACAGGUUCUCCAGACCGCCACAGCCUGAUCUCCAUCAGCGAGGUUCCACUGUCCCUGCCAACAACCUGCUGACUGGAACUAGUAUUAUUGACAAGUACUCACGCAUCCUUUUUCCUCUGUCGUUUGGGGCCUUCAACCUGGUCUACUGGAUUGUUUAUCUCACCAAAGACACCAUGGAGUCCAGGGAAGUGUGAGCCUUUUAGAAGCCACAGAGAAAGGCGACUGAAGACAAGGCCAUCUAACAAACUGACAGAUGGAUAUAUGGAAGGAUGUAUGGAUGAGAGACACAUCCAGGGUCUGCUGCUGAAGAUGUAACUGUGACUGCAAGGGGACAAUGAUAGCCUUCUUCAUCUUUUCCCCUUCCCUCUCUUCAGCCCAAUAGCAUGUAUUGAUCUCUCAUCACUCUGGUACAAAACUCUCCGACUGCAGAAUGAUUUUCCUACUUCCUAAAGACAGUGAAGGUGCAAUGGCACUUGUGGCACUCUUGUUUUGACAUUGUCACGUAAUUACACACUCAACAUUUUCCCUUCACACAAAAUAAUAAUAAUAAUAAUAAUAAUAAUAAUAAAAACUCUACUCUUCAUACACUCACAAUAAUGUGCAGGUAAUACUUUCCAGCAAUUGCAAGCCUUAUAGCAGCCAUGCUACUUUUACCCUGAAAAGAAGCACCAAGCAACAUAACAGCUUGAGACGAUUUUUGAAGGCGUACUGUACAAGUGUGUAGCGAGAUAGUGAACCAUUUUACAUUAAAUAUUAUUAGUAGUAUUAUUCAUAGGUUACACUUUGUUUUGUAAAUGUCCGAACCAUUACAGAUCUUCCAGUGUUCUGAGACAUGAAUGAUGGUUAUGAGGUACACAAUCGAUUUUAGAUUCCGAUACGGUACUUUUUGGAAUUUAGCAACAACUCGGUCAGGUGUCCAUUUUGUCCAUCUGUGCCUAGGGGAAUUUUAAUUUGCACUAUAUUUGAAAGUGCAUGUACUUACUGUACAGUUUACUUACAAAACAAACUACUGAAUAAAAUAACGUAACUACGAGUU